CCUCAGCAACAGGACGCAGCGUGUAAACAAUAACACGGCUGGGGCGUGGGGUGGCAUGCGUCUCUCACCCUUAUGUCUAAGUUUGUAAGCAUAAGAAUGGAGAGGCCCACUGAAGUAAGAGAGGAGAGCAAAAAACAAAAUGAAGUAGGAGACGAGAGCAAAAAUCAGAACGAAGUAAGAAAAGGGAGCAAAAAACAGAAUGACGAAGGAGAGAAAAACAAAAUACAGACUUUUGUUUUUCUGGACCUGGAAGCUACUGGUUUGCCUGGAGACUCGCCCAGAAUUUUAGAGCUCUCCAUGAUAGCUGUGUCUAGAGAUGACUUCCUUGGUAUGAAAGAUUCCAGUCAUAAAGGUAAGAGUACUCCUUCAGAUCCUAAUUCUACCAAUGAAAAUAAAAGAUCUAUUAUACCACAGUUGCCACGUGUACUACACAAGUACACAAGACUAUAUUAUCCAAGGAAACUUAUCAUGCCUGCUGUUGAAGAUAUAACUGGACUGAGUAAUGAACUGCUUCACCGUUUACCAGGCUUCAGUGAGGCAAGUGCAGAGGCAAUACGUUUGUUUUUAGAUUUGCCUCAACCCUUGUCACUGGUGGCACACAAUGGUAAUAGGUAUGACUUCCCUUUGCUGAAGGCAGAAUUAAGUAAUGUAUGUUCCACAGAAAAGUAUUCCAAUUUCUACUGUGUAGACACUCUAAAAGCUAUCAAAGAUAUUGAUGCUGUUCAGGAAAGAGAUAAGGAAUUGAAAGAUAUAUCAGAAAUAACUGUGCUUGCUGCAUCAUUUUCUUUUGGAGAUAUGGAUGAUGAAGAGAUGGAAGUAACCCCAGUUAGCAAAAGAACUCGUUCUGAGGAACUUGCAGAAGAGAGGGUAACUCUUGCACCACAUGGCUAUACAGGCAGUAGUUGUUCAAAUAAACCCUCAUCUCAUGCUCCAGAAGGCAACCAACGCACAUUUGAAGUCUCAGCAGAACCUUACAUUACACCGGUGAAAGAUCAUAUUCCAGCAAAGAUGAACAAAACUCCUAAAACUCCAAACAAGCAUACAAAGCCUCUGUUACCUCCAGCCACCCCAGAGUCUUUCAAACCUUGUACCCCAGGAACACCUGGUUUUAAUUCACAGACCUUUACAGAAGCUAAUAAGGUCCGUAGAAGUUUAGUAUAUGAUGGAUAUGGUAAGAGAAAAUGGGAUGGAACAAUGCCAUACAAGCUGGGAAAUAUCUAUAGGAGACUCUUUCAUGCUAACUAUCAAGCUCACAGAGCAGAGUCAGACUGCCAGGCAAUGCUGCAAAUUUGUGGACACUAUGGGGAAAGGUUUGUUCAAUGGGCAGACACCUUUUCAGAAAGGUUUGCCGAUGUUAAGCCGUUGUGGGUAAAGAGAAAGACUUUUCAGCUUACCUGAUUUAAUCCGCAUACAGUUUCUUUUAAAAUAUUGUAAUUUACUUGUUAAUAUUUACUUUUGUGUGAAUGAUUAUUAGAAUAUAUGGAAAUCGAUGAGAGAACUUUAGGAUUUUAUAAAUUAAUCAUGUAGCUGAUGAUUUUAAAAAAAAGUUUUGAUUGAUAAUUUUUAAUACUUGUUAAGUACUUAUGACUCAAAAUGUUACUUUUAACUUGUGACUCAAAAUGUUACUUUUAUUAUUUAAAAUUAUAUUUAAAAGUGACUUUUGUUAUUUUAUAUUAUUGUGUUUUAAAGUGACUAUAGUACAGUAUUUAGACUAUAGUACAGUAUUUAAAAUUGUGCUGUAAAAUUAAUUACUGGGUAUUUAAAAUUUUAAAUUGUUUUAAAUGGAUUAUUUGUACAAUCAAAGACAAAAGUCGUGUAGCGGUUUUGUCCAAAGAUUAAAUAUAACUCCUGAAACAUUACGAGAGCCCCGUACCACAAGGUAGAGCGCACCAAAAGUUUAGCAUAUGUUUUCACCAAAUUUCACUACACGACUUUUGUCUUUCACUGUACAUUCUAUAUCAUUAUCUAUUUUUGUUAAAUCCAGAAUGCGACGUCUAGCUUUAUACCUAGGUAUAUAAAUGCCUAGCAUCAACUCGACAGGCCAACACACAGGCAAU